AUGUCCGAAGUAGGUGGAGGCCCGACCGCGUUCGGUCUCACCUUUAGAGAAUACGAUACCCGGCAGAUGCAGCAUAUCCUCCGUGCAUACGGCAAGCUCCCACGCUCGAAUCCAAACGCCCGUGCCAUCCUCUACCUCGCACUCGCUACCCUCGAGAGAAAACUGCCAGGAGACGAAGCACAAGUUCUUCGGGACUGGCUGCACAAUGGUGGUGUUUUGAGCGACUUCCCCGGCCCUGCUACCGCCCAAGGCCCGCCGGUGAAUGCCUCGGAGCGACGAGAUGCCCAGGCUGCACGUGAUUUUGGAAGAUACCCUGUGUCCGACGAUUCCCAGGAGGAAGAUGAUGAUGGAGAUGAUGGUCAUGCACAGGAUUAUGGACGGGGCAGAUUUAAUCGUGGUGAAUAUCGCGGGUACGGUAUGGAAAUGGGAGGUUCGGGAAGACUUCCACCACCAGCGCAGCAGACCGGCCAUCUUCGACCACCUGUCGCCCGAUUCAUACCACUCCAGAGUCACUUGAAUGCGGUUCCGGCUCCGCCUCCUCAGAUUUCUGCUGCGCAUCCAAGUCGUCCUGCUUCAACCCUUCCUGAUGCGUCACUUCCUGAUAAUCCGCGGCUUCUCCCUAUGGAUACAGACGAGAAUGAAUCCGAAGACGAUUUGGAUGCACCCCCAGUGCAUCCUGCAAGUCGUGUUCUUCCUGCUAUGAGAAGAGGCCACGACGACGAAUCAGGUCCUGAUGGACGAGCCAACAUUGGAAUGGAAGAUUUUUCCGAAGGAAACACUCAGCGAGCCGGCCGCGAUGGUCAUCGCCUACCACCCCCCGAAGACGGCUUCGUUCCACCAGACAGACAUCUCCAUUCCCGCCAUGCUCGUCCCAACCCCCCAGCUGAGCCGUUUCCGUAUCAUGGGUACCCCAAUGCGGGCCGUUCCAACGGUCACCGCCUACCACCUCCCGAGGACGGCUUCGUUCCGCCAGAGAGACAUUUGGAUGUAGUUCCCAGACUCACAUCGGAAGGGGCCGUCCCCGGAUCUCGGCAUGCAGACUUUGCUCCCCCUUCAACGCACGUUGGAAAUGAUGUCCGCAACGAUCUACCACUCCAACCUCCGGUUUCCGCUGAGGACGAUGGAAAUCUGGCCCCUUCUAAUGAUAGUAAUGACGCAGACAUGAGCGACGAUUCCGAAAAUCUUUUCCACGAUAAUGCAAUAGAGUGCUGCGUUUGCGCCGGUGAUUAUGGCCCCGACAAGUUCCCCGAAAGCGAGAUCACCUCGACUUGCGAGCACCAUAGCAAGGCGAUGGUGUGCCUCCGAUGUAUCCGCUUCAGUAUUCAGACGUUUCUCGCGCAGGGCAACUUGCACUUGAUCAGAUGUCCCCUCUGCCCGGCGAUGCUGUCCAAAGAUGAGAUCAAGAAAUACGGCACCAAGGAGAUGUUCAGUCGUUACGAGUACCUUGUCCAGAUGGCUACCCCGGGUCUAGUCAUGUGUCUCAGCCCGAGCUGCGGUAUGGGCCAAGUGCACCCUUCCAACGCGGACAACCCCAUCAUGACUUGCGACACGUGUGGCUUCCGCACCUGCGUCACGCACAAGCUCCCCUGGCACGAGGGCUUCACCUGCGCCGAAUUCGACCUCGAAGAAUCCCAGAUCGAGCGGCUCGAAGCCGACGAGGCGACGGCGAAGCUCCUCUCGCAGCAGGACUCCAGGAUCUGCCCGUCCUGCAACCAGGGCGUCACCAGGACCGAGGGCUGCGACCACCUGCAGUGCCGCUGCGGCCAGCAGUGGUGCUUCGAGUGCCAGGCGGCCUGGGAGAACAUCCUGCGCCUCGGCCCAACGGCACAUGCGCGGACCUGCCCCAAUCAUCCCGAGAGACUGAACGUGCGGGGGGACCAGCGGCAGGGCAUGGUGCAGCAGAUGGCGGAGCUGGUGCAUGGUGGGCCGGUCAGCGAGACGCUGGAGAAGGCGAGACGGGAGAGAGACCAGAAGCGUAGGGAGACGGCGAGGCUGUUGGCGGCCGAGGCGGCAGAGAGACGCAUGUUGGCUGCCAAGGAGGAGCAGGAGCGGGCCCAGGCGAAUGUCAAAGUACCCUCUGUGAAGAAGCCGAAGACCAAACUGGUUGCCCCGUGGGAGGAGAAGUGA